AUGUCGACCAUAGAGGAGUAUGACUGCAUAGUAAUCGGGGCCGGGGUCCAGGGCUCCUUCACGGCCUGUCAGCUGGCAAAACAGAGCCGGAAGACUCUGCUGCUGGAGCAGUUCGUCCUGCCCCACACCCGAGGGAGCUCCCAUGGCCAGACCCGCAUCAUCCGAAAGGCCUAUAUGCAGGACUUCUACACCCACAUGAUGGAGGAGUGCUACGAGCUGUGGGCCCAGCUGGAGCGGGAGGCGGGUAUCAAACUGUUCAGACAAACAGGGCUCCUAGUGAUGGGACCAGAGAACAGUGAGAGUUACCAGCUGAUUAAGAACACCCUGCAGAAAAACAAGGUUCCUAUGGCGAUCCUGAACCAUGACAACUUCUGCCAGCACAUCCCCAAUGUCAACCUGGCUGUUGGAAAUGGUGCGGUGGUGGACUUAACCGCUGGAGUUCUGUAUGCUGACCGUGCACUCAAGACUGUACAGGGGCAGUUUCAGAAGUUGGGUGGGGUCAUUCGAGACAAAGAGAAGGUUAUUGACAUCAAGCCUGGCCCUGUUGUGACAGUGUCAACCUCUGCUGGUGUUUAUCGAGCCAAUAGAGUGGUGAUCACCGCUGGACCUUGGGCUAAUAGACUGCUGGCCCACACUGGCUUACAGCUGCCACUCGAGGUGGUGAAGAUCAACGUGUGCUACUGGAAAGAGAAGGUUCCAGGAUCUUACGACGUGAAGAAGCGCUUUCCGUGCUUCUUGCUGACUGAGGGCGAGGAGACCAAAGAUCACAUCUACGGCCUCCCAUCCAACGAGUACCCGGGCCUAAUGAAGAUAUGCUACCACAUGGGCAGUGAAACAGACCCAGACCAGAGAGACAAGCAGACAGACAGGUCUGAUAUUGACAUCCUCAAGCGCUUCAUUGCCCGCUGUUUUCCUGGCCUGGUCCCUGAACCUGCUGUAGUGGAGAGCUGCCUGUACACGCUAACGCCUGACGAUCAUUUUGUGCUGGACUGUCACCCCUCCUACAGCAAUAUUGUGAUUGGAGCAGGAUUCUCAG